GAGAUCCGGCCUGGCGGGCGUGAACUGCAGCUGGAAUCGCAUCGAGGAGAUCCAGUGGAGCAAGCUGCCGCGGAAGAGCCAGCAUCGGAUUUUGCCAUUCCUGGUGGCUGCCAACUCUGUGAACUAUGGAAGGCCAAACAAGCUGAACACAGCGGAGGCCAUGGCAGCUGCCCUGAUCAUUGUUGGUCUGCGUGUGGACGGGCAGCGAUUGCUGGAUGCCUUCAGUUGGGGCGAGGAGUUCUUGCGCUUGAACGAAGAGGCAUUCGAGGUGUACUCUGAAGCGAAGACAGCCAAAGAUUUGCGUCUCGCCGAAGCCCAGCUGCUGGAGCGCUGGCGCCAGGAGGCCCUCGAGCGCCGGCAGAGCGCCAUCGACCUGCCGCCGGACGACGAUGAGGGCGAAGAAGAGAGUGACCAGAGCGCUGGUGAUGAAGAGAUCAGCGACGUGGAUGAUGCAGUACCACAUCGGGACGAGGUGUCGGCGCCAUCGCAGCCUGCAGCGGAGCCGGUGCCCAGGAGCACUCCUGGAUUGCCCAUCAGAAGACCCGUGGAGGAGGCGGAGCAGCCUGUGGAGGAGGCAGACCCUUUGGAGGUCGAAGAGGAGGUGCCUAUGCUUCACGCUGACGCGCCACCUGCAGAUCAGAAGGCGACCCUGCAGGCGUUGCAAGGUAUCGCCUCCAGCGGCUUUCUCCAGCAGACUGGCUUAGCAGGCCUCAGCGGGAACAAGCUUUCCAAGCUGAAACGCAGCGAGUACGAGGUGCUGUGGCGGCGCUUCGUGAAUGCCGAAGGAUUCGAGAUUGACGCGCCGACGAGGCUACGGCUCCAAGCGCCCAAGGGACACAAGGACCGUCGCAAGUGAUCCGCCCUGUCUCACCGAACAGCGCGCUCGGUGGCGG